AUGGAAAAGUGGGAUAUAUUGGUAUUGACAGCAGGAAGCGAGAAACAGAAGAAAGAUUUUGAAUUGAUUUUAUCAAAAGAAGAUCUCACUUCUUAUUGCAAGAAAGCAGUAGUCAUUGCGGACUACCCUGACGGCGUCCGGAUAGGAUCCGGUGGCGCUACACUAAAUGUUCUAAGCACUCUCGGACAGCUUGUGGAUCAGAAGAUUUUACUCGUCCACUCCGGAGGCUUGUCACAAAGAACUCCUCAUCUCUCAGCAUUAGGAAAAAUAUUUGCAACACUACCAGACGGCACCACAAUCCUUGAGAAGAAACUGGAUACAUAUAAGCAUCUGCCUGGCAUUCUUCCACCAGGAUUAUUGGUGUCCUCGUCAGAUGUUGUCGAGGAUGUAUCGAAGUUCGAAAAGUGCGAAUCGUCCGAAAUGGUUGUUUUUGCUACGGAAUCAAGUUUAGAGGUUGCCAAAGACCACGGUGUUUUUGUGCUGGAUUCGGAGGGAAAACUGAAGGCUGUACUACAAAAGCCAUCACUGGAGUUGAUCAAGGGUAGUGGAGCAACUCUUCCAUCUGGAAAUGCGCUAACAGAUUGUUUUUAUUGGUUGUCUUGGACGAUCUGCAAACAGCUUGUUGCUCUAUGGCGCGACUGUGGUCCAUGUAAAGUUGAGACGUGCUGUUAUGGAGAUUUUAUGCGACCAUUAGGAUAUGCACCGCUCUUGGACUAUCUCAACGAAGGGUCCUCUGAUUUAUCGAUAUGGCGAAAAUCCUUUGCAGAGAUUUUCUCGAAAAUCAUGCCACAAGUAGUUAACCUCGGUACUUACUCAUUCUUUCAUAUGGGCACCCCUCGAGAGCUUCUGGCUCACUGUCGUCAGAGAUCUACCUUUGCACAGAAGUUUCUGCCAUCAUUUUCGCAAGCUGUUUACUGCUCGUUAGAAGAUUGCACGAUUGGCAGUGGUUCGCUGAUAGAGUACUGCAAGCUGAAGGACGCAAGCAUUGGCGAGGAAUGUAUAAUAAGGAAAACGAUGAGAGAUUCUACGUAA